AUGGGUCGUCAUCCUGAAGCCAGCGCCUUCUUCCUUGAAGGUUUCCCAAGAGAAGCACGACAGGUUGAAGACUUCGAAAAGCAGGUCAAGUCAGUGAAUAUGGCUCUGAUCCUUGAUUACGAUGAGAAAACGUUGCGUGACCAUAUGGAAAAACGUGGAAUGGGCAUGGAGAUUAUAGACCAGAGAAUAAAG